UUACAGUCCUAGAGGCAACUGGCAAGACUUCCAUUGCAUUAGCUAUACCUAUAUCUGAAAGUCAAACGCCGUCGUAAUACAGUCGGACCGCCACUCCGUCAGAACAUACAUAGACCGAAUUCCGACGAAAAAACAGGCAGCAGGCAGCAGGCAGCAACUCUUAGCCAUUAAAGUCUGAUAUAAAAUUCGAUUGUUCAAUCUCCCUGUUUGCGUGCGCGUGUGUUAAUAAAGCCAGAAGAGAGUGGAGAUGAAUCGCAGUCGAGCAUGAUCAAAUGGUCCUCUGUCGAGCUAUCAUCAUCCAUCUCUCUUUCCCGCAACUUCCGGAGAAGUAGAGGAGGGGGGGAGUGAAAGAGAAAGCGGAGAGCACAGAUAUAUAAAACUCCUUGAUGGGUAUUGUAACAGGGCAGAGAGGUUCUAGAACAGGGACAACCCAAGAAGGAGUAGUUGUUGGUGGGGUUUCAUCUACCAACAAUAGGAAGAGAUGGUCCAAUCUGAUGCCUAUCGUUGUCGUCCUUGUCGUCGUUGCCGAGAUCUCUUUCCUGGGUCGCCUUGACAUGGCGAAGAACGCUGCCAUGGUUAACACUUGGACCAAUUCCUUCUACUCGGCCUCAACACGUGAGGAACCAGUGAAACACCAGGAUGAGACUACCAUGGGUGUCUUGGAUCUUGACAACAACAGAGGAAAGGAGAGUUGCGAGGACUGGUUGGAGCGUGAAGACGCUGUAAGCUACUCCAGAGACUUUGACAAGGACCCCAUCUUGGUUUCUGGUGCUGAAAAGGAGUGGAAUUCUUGUUCUGUUGGAUGUAAGUUUGGGUAUCAAUUUGGGUCAGAUAAGAAGCCUGAUGCUGCAUUCGGUUUAGUUCAAGAUGGUGCAAUUGCUAGUAUUCUUCGGUCCAUGGAAUCCUCUCACUACUACUCAGAAAACAACAUUGCUCAGGCACGACGGAGGGGAUAUAGUGUUGUAAUGACAACAAGUCUCUCUUCAGAUGUUCCUGUUGGUUAUUUUUCAUGGGCUGAGUAUGAAAUCAUGGCACCAUUGCAACCAAAGACUGAAAAUGCCCUUGCAGCUGCCUUCAUUUCUAACUGUGGGGCUCGCAACUUCCGUUUACAGGCCCUUGAGGAGCUAGAAAAAGAGAACAUUAAGAUAGAUUCUUAUGGUGGCUGUCAUAGGAACCGUGAUGGAAGAGUGGACAAAGUAGAGACCCUGAAGCGCUACAAAUUUAGCUUGGCUUUUGAGAAUUCUAACGAGGAGGAUUAUGUGACGGAGAAAUUUUUCCAAUCUUUGGUUGCUGGCACUGUCCCCGUGGUUGUUGGUGCUCCAAAUAUUGAAGAGUUUGCACCUUCUACUGGCUCAAUUUUACAUAUUAAGGAGUUGAGCAAUGUCCCUUCUGUUGCCAAGGCCAUGAAAUACCUGGCAGAAAAUCCUGAUGCAUAUAAUCAAUCAUUAAGGUGGAAAUACGAUGGUCCAUCUGAUUCCUUCAAGGCUCUAGUAGAUAUGGCUGCAGUUCACUCAUCCUGCCGUCUUUGCAUUCACCUUGCAACAAAAAUCCAGGAAAGUGAGGAAAAGAAUCCACAAUUUCAGAAACGUCCAUGUAAGUGCACCAGAGGUUCUGAAACCGUCUAUCAUCUAUAUGUAAGAGAAAGAGGGAGGUUCAAAAUGGAUUCUAUUUUUUUGAGGUCCAACAAUUUGACCCAGGGUGCUUUGGAAUAUGCAAUUCUCAAAAAAUUCAAGUCCCUGAAUCAUGUACCCAUCUGGAAACAGGAAAGACCUGAAAGCAUUAGAGGGGAUGAACUUAAAAUUUAUAGAAUCUAUCCUGUUGGGAUGACCCAGAGGAAAGCUUUGUACACCUUCAAAUUCAAGGGGGACUCUGAUCUUAGGAAAUAUGUGAAAAGCAAUCCAUGUGCGAAAUUUGAAGUCAUAUUCGUGUAGGGAGAGCCCUCGGUUGUCUGGCGUCAAUACACUGUCUCCUGUAUUAUAUUCUAUCAUGAAACACUCUUGCUUCCUCGGAGGAAAGUUUUGCAGGGUCGUUAGGCCAUAGGGUUUGGUGUUCUCCUGCUUCUUCCUCUUUGUAAUCAUUGUCUUCAGGAUUCCGUUUUUCUUUUCUUUUUUU